AUGGCUGAACAGUUUAUACAUGGAAUAGUCAGUGUGAGAACAUUGAAUAUGAAGUUUGCAUUCAUUGCUGUAUAUGGGCUCCAUACCACAGAGGCUAGGAGAACCUUAUGGGUUGAUCUCACUCAGAUACAAUCUACAAUGCAAGCUCCUUGGCUAGCAAUAGGAGACUAUAAUGCUAUCCUAUCUGAAGAUGAUAGACAAAUUGGAAGUCCUGUACAAAAGGUUGAAGUUAGAGAUUUUAGUAAUUUCUUAGAUGACACUGGGUUGACAAUAAUAAGAGCCACUGGUAGAGAUUAUACUUGGACAAAUGGACACACAUAUAGAACACUGGAUAGGGGACUAGUUAAUGCAGAAUGGAUGUUGCAACUGCAUCACGUGGAAAUCUUGAUUAUGGAACCUGGUUGCUCAGAUCAUGCUCCCCUAAGUAUCAUAUGUGUGGAAGAGGAGGAGACCAAGCCUAAACCUUUCAGAUUCUUGAACCAUCUAGCAGGGCAUACUGAUUUCUUGGCUAUAGUGCAUGAUAUAUGGGGUGAAGAAUCCGCUACCUAUAAUAUGAAGACAGUUUGGCAUAAAAUGAAAUUUAUAAAGCAAGGAAUGAAACAACUUAACUCAACUCAUUAUGUGGAGGGGGAGGGGUUGAAGGAAAGAUCAAGCACUACAGAGAGAAACUUCAACACAUACAAGAGCACAUGA